GUCACUUUACAGACACUUCCCUAUUUUGUCAACCCGUCCUGCUUUCAGUUACGUGGAAUCUGUAAAUCGUUAAAAGUAAAAUCAGAAAUGACUUUUCUCAGGGGGCUUGCUGUCUGGCAGAGCCUACAGGCGCGGACGCCGUGUGCUCUUAGAUCAGAGCUCAGAGCAACCGGUACACUUCCGAAGGUUCUUUUGACCAGGUCCAGAGCAAAGUCUUCCUCUGGGACCCCGUUAUGUGCUCAAGCCCGCUGGUUGCACUCCGAAUCACCAUCUUCUGAGGCGACUGAAGUGGAGUUAAAUAAACUGGAGGGAGGAGACGCUGGAAUAGUGGAGGUGGUGAUGUGUCGCCAGCGGGCGCGGAACUCGCUGGGCAGGGUGUUUGUACGGCAGAUGCGGGAGCUGGUGGCCAGGCUUCAUCAUGACUCUGCCGUGCGUGUGGUGCUGUUCCGUAGCACUGUGCCGGGGGUCUUCUGUGCAGGUGCUGAUCUGAAGGAGCGUGCCCAGAUGACCAACGCUGAGGCAGAGCAUUUUGUGCACGGACUGCGCUCUCUCAUGACGGAAGUUGCUGUGCUACCUAUGCCCACCAUCGCCGCGGUGGACGGCUUCGCUCUGGGAGGGGGCCUGGAGCUGGCUCUGGCCUGCGACCUUCGCACUGCGGCUUCCACCGCCCAGAUGGGCCUGAUCGAGACCACGCGAGGACUGCUGCCCGGAGCAGGGGGCAGUCAGCGGCUCCCUCGGGCAGUGGGCUUCGCGGUGGCCAAAGAGAUGAUCUUCACCGGGCAGCGGCUGGGGGGUGAGCGGGCCCUCCAGCUGGGCCUGGUCAACAGGGCUGUGGAGCAGAACCACACUGGAGAUGCUGCCUACAAAGAGGCGCUGACACUAGCCAGGGAGAUCCUGCCACAGGCUCCUAUUGCAGUGCGGAUGGCUAAGGAAGCAAUGAACAGAGGCAUUGAGGUGGACAUCGCUACUGGAAUGGCCAUUGAGGGCAUGUGUUAUGCAAGGGUUAUCCCCACUCGAGACAGGCAGGAAGGGAUGGCAGCUUUCAUUGAGAAGAGACCACCACGGUACACAGGGGAGUGAAGGACACUGGCUAUAUGUGACAUCACUCUCUCAGUUCCACCACCCCUGGACUGGCUGUCCUCUGACCCAAAGCAUAAAGCACUCUGGGAGAGACCCUCAUGCUUAUUUCUCCUGGCUGCCUUCUAAUAAAUUCGCCUUGAUUUCUUGAUGUGUUCAUGUAUGUGCAGGAUGAAUUCAUAUCAUUUCCCUGAGGCAGAUUGUUCAGCAUUUGAUUUUGUUUAUUGUCAAAGAAUCUGUGUCACGUAGCAGUGUUGAAGAGAUGGAGAUUGUAGUUGAAAUCCAGCUUCCGCUCUUUGAGUGGCUUGAUGUCUUAUGUGUAUGUGUUAGUAGUUACAGAUCCUUGGCUCAGACUGGAUGAUUAGUAAAUGCCUUAAGUAAUAAUGAAAUGCUGCAUAUUUUGAAUAAACUGUAGCUG